AUGGCCGAUUACGAUCGCAGACAGGGCGGUGGAGGGUACAAUUCUAGGAAGAGGCGAUACAGGGAGGAUGACGAUCACCACCAGUCCUACCGCGACCAGCGCGGCCCCCGCCGUCGCCACGAGCCCCCAGUCCCGUCCCGCCUGCGCAAGCAGAUCAUCGACCUCGCCGACAGCCCCCUCCGCCGCGUCCAGGAGGAGGUCAACGGGGUCGCGCACCUCUUGGCCGACAACUACGACGACGAGCGGCUGCGCGCCAACUUCGUGGACCUGGUGCUGCAGCUCGCCGUCGAGCAGCCGCUCAAGACCCCUUUCGCCGCCGCCGUCGUCCUGGUCGUCAACACCCUGACGCACAAGCCGCCGCCCGCCGCCUCCACGGGGGCGCCCAACGGCGGUGACGACGGCGUCGACACGAGCAUGGAGAACGGCGGGCAGGAGGAGGCGUCCAAGGAGCCGCAGCCCACGAGCGGCGUUGUCGACGACCUCCUGGCCAAGGCGGCCGCCCAGGUCGAGGAGAAGGUCAGGCUGGGCGAGUGGCGCGCCGUGAAGCUCUACCUUAAGCUCCUCGCGUGCCUACAGAGCUGUCUGGAGGGCGACGGUGUCUUCCCAAUCCUGGAAGACCUCUUCAACCAGGCUGUCGAGCUUCAGACUAAUAACAAUGAGGAUACAAUUGGUACCGAGUUGGUCAAAAUAAUCCUCCUUACGAUACCAUACGCCGUCGCCGCGGCGCCUAACAAGACGGAGAAGCUUGCUACGGAGCUUCUGGACAAGACGGAGGUCAUUGCUGGGGAGCCUCAUACCCUCCAGAACCUGAUUGAUCCGUUCUACCCGGAGGCCGAUGAGAAGAGCCCUGCUGCGACCAUGAGCUUCCUGGGGCUACUGCAGACACAGUUGCAAGCUGAAGCGAGCAGUGGGUGGAAGCUAUCGUGCCUCCCGAGGCCGUGGAAGAUGCCCCUCGAGGAGGUGGAGCAGCAGGAGAAGCUCGACAACUGUCCCACGCACAAGCUGCCUGCGAUUACAAUCCCCGAGACUCUGAUUGCUGGGCCUAGACCAUUGUUCCCAGAGAUCUUCUUCUCUGUGUACCUCGGCCAGGAAAUCGAGUCGGUUCCCCCGGUCACGAGCGUCGCAUCAUCUCUGAUACGCGACAAUCUGGUGGAUACGAUAAACGUUCUUCACUUCAACCGAUCUGUUGCUGCCAGACGCCUGAUCGAUAUCGAUAAUUACUUCGCAGAGGGGACUUUCGUUAGCCGCGCCACGCCUUUCGACCAGAUUCGAGAUGUCCCACCAGGCAAAUCCACCUGGAAGCCGGAAGACGUCGUGGUCGAUGCUGUGUUUUCCCAGCUGUUCCUGCUACCAGCUCCAGAGCAGAAGCUUGUCUACUACCACUCCGUGCUUACCGAGGCAUGUAGGAUUGCCCCAGCAGCCAUCGCACCUAGUUUCGGCCGGGCGAUAAGAUUCCUGUACCGCAACAUUGGCCUCCUUGACAUAGAGCUGGGCCAACGCUUCACCGACUGGUUCGCGCAUCAUCUGAGCAACUUCGGUUUCACGUGGAAGUGGACCGAGUGGACUGCGGACGUGAAACUGCCAAACCUGCACCCCUGCAAGGCCUUCAUCAUGGGCGCCAUCGACAAGGAGAUUCGGCUGAGUUUCGCUGGACGGAUCAGGAAGACCCUUCCCGAAGGCUACCAGGAACUGGUUCCUCCCGAGAAGGACGUGGAAGAGCCGCCCUUCAAAUUUGAGAAGGAUGACACGCCUUUUGCACAGGAGGGCCGCGAAUUGGCACAGCUCCUGAAGCGUAAGGCUUCAGACGAGGACAUCCAGCCCGUCAUUGAGCGGAUUCAUUCUCUCGCCAUCGAUCAGGGCUUGGAUCCGCUUGUGGCAAGCACUGACGUCUUCACCACGGCCGUGCUCUCCAUCGGCAGCAAGUCGCUCUCGCACGUGCUGGCCGCAAUCGAGCGCACCAAGGAGCGCCUUAUGGAUGCGGGCGCGACGUCAGAGCCCGCGCGGGCGCAGAUCAUCACGGCGGUUAUGGACUUCUGGAGUGCGCACCCGGGUGUGGCCAUCACCAUCAUCGAGAAGCUGCUCAACUACAGCAUCAUCAGCCCAUCGGCGGUGGUGCAGUGGGCGCUGGUGAGGCACGCCGGCGAGACGAGGGGUGAGGCCCUGGCGCGCAGCCACAUCUACGAGCUGGUGUUCAAGACGAUCGCCAAGGUCACGAAGCGGAUGCGCGAGGUGGUCGCCUCAUCCUCCGCCGCAGCUGCCGCGCCGCAGGCAGAGGGCGAGGACACCGACAUGUCGUCGGAGCUCGAGGACGCCAAGAAGCGCGAGGCGCAGGCCGCGCGCGAGCUCUUCCGCACGACGCAGGACGCCCUGGUCGCGUGGGCCUCGGGCGCCAAGGACGAGCUCAUGGAGGACGCGGGCGGCCUGUCCGACGCGGAGAGGGAGGAGCGCGACCGCCUCGUGAAGCGGUGGGGCAACCGCUGGCUGCGCGUCGUCAGGAGGAGGGCCGCCAUCGAGGAGACGUUUCUGCUCGAGGCGGAGAAGAACCCCAAGGCUUAA